AGUCUUUUGGAGCCGCGCAGUGAGGCUUACAUGUGAGCUAACUUUUCGAGCCCAUUGAGAAUCUUAUUCGCUCAAACCUGGCGGAAAGAGCUUGUUGAGUUGUCGACAUUGGGAAAAGACCCGGAUUACAACACGACACAAGAAACAUGCGAGAUUCUGGAAUAAAUGGCUACUUUUUUUAUUCGGACAGAAAUAAAAGUGCUAGGAUUUGCUGACGCUUGACGGAUGGUAACGCCGAGUGAAAGCAUGCGGCAUGCGUCUGGAAACGAUACAUUUAUUUGGGCUGACAGCCUGCAGGAAAUGAAUCAGACGAGAAACGAGACUUCUGUGGGUCCGGAGGUUGUAAUCGUCCCUGUCAUUUUUGGAUUUAUAUUUCUCCUGGGUGUCAUAGGCAACACAUUGGUGAUGAUUGUAAUUGGCAGGAUCAAGUCCAGGCGCUCCAGAAGUACAACCAACACUUUUAUACUAAACCUCAGUAUAGCGGACUUGUCAUUUCUCCUUUUGUGUGUCCCUUUCCAAGCAACAAUUUAUUCUCUGCCCGACUGGGUGUUCGGCGCCUUUCUAUGUAAAUCUGUGCACUACUUCGUCAUGGUAUGCAUGCUUGUGAGCAUCUUCACACUUGUGGCCAUGUCCGUGGACCGGUAUAUUGCGGUAGUGCACGCAAAGAAGUCCCCCUGCAUUCGUAAUAAGAAGAACGCGAUCAUUGGGGUUUGUAUUAUUUGGGUUCUGUCAUUUGUCUUUGCAAUUCCUGUGGCUCAACACCAGACAUUAAUCAGCCACCCAGACGCUCCUAACAGCUCUUUUUGCUGGGAGGAUUGGUCCGAUAAAGUUCCCAAACACACCUACAAAGUGACUAUUUUGGUAAUUGGGUAUUUAUUACCUUUGGUUUUAAUUACAUGCUGCUAUGCAAAGGUGUUGUUCCAUCUCCAUAAGAAAAUCAAGAACAUGUCCAAGAAAUCUGAACGCUCAAAGAGAAAGACGGCCCAGACGGUCCUGCUGGUGGUCACCGCCUUCCUCAUCUGCUGGAUGCCCCACCACAUCAUCGCCAUGUGGGUGGAGUUCGGCCGCUUCCCCCUCAACGACGCCUCCUUCGCCUUCCGCAUCGUCUCCCACUGCCUGGCCUACGGAAACUCCUGCGUCAACCCCAUCCUGUACGCCUUCCUCUCCGAGAACUUCCGCAAGGCCUGCCAGCAGGUAUUCACCUGUCGCCUCUUCUUCCCGCCCCCGCCCGUGGAGAAGGUGGUUCGCAUCCGCAUGGAGAACUUCUCCACCACUCACUCCACCACCAACUUGUGAAACGGUGGCUAGUCCGGGACUCCUGGUGAGGACUAGUGAAGAGAUUAAUUUACUGUAUAUGUUAAAUUUCCCCAAGACAUUGGGAAAAUGUACACUGUUGUUCUUUGUUUGCCAAAUUAACGAAUGAUUGUGUUGCUUUAUAUGUUUUAAAGCCUUUUUGCCAUGUUAUUUUAUUGAGAUAUCAACUAAGAAUUCUCUCAAAUUCCCAGCUGCACCAAAUUGCCCAAGUUUACUUCUACAUCAAAAGGUCCAUGUAAAAAAAGGUUUGAUCUUAGUACUUUCCAGACAAUAGAACAGGUGCCAGACAUAGUGCUUGGAACUCCUGAGCCAAACCAAUUACCCUGAUACUGUCUGGUUAUUCCCUCGGAACUUGCUUUUUCAGUUAUGUAAGCCACAUUUGAGAAGUCAAAUACAAAAAGCCAACUUGGUAGUGUCUGAUGACUGCAUCUACUGGACACCAGCACAUUCAUGAGAGACUGGCAGCAUCAAUAAACAGAUGCAUGAGAGUUAAUAUAUAACACAUUUCAGUUCAGAGUAUGAAUUAUGGAAACUUAUAUAUCCAUCAAUCAAUGGUUCUACUUAUUUCUGUGGGGAAAAAAUAUUUUACAGUGAUCAUCAGUUUCAAACAUAUCCCUUUUAAUCAAAGCUCAAAAUAAUUUAUAUUAAGCGAAAAUUCUCUGCUCUGGAACUCUUGAUAACUGAGAAAUAUCACAUUAGUGUCGUUAAUAACAUUUCAACUCCUUGAACCUGAUUGAAAUGAACUUGAUGAAGGGCAGGCCUCUGAGUUCGUCAUUAAACUCAGCUUCAAAUGCAGCGAUGAAGUCUUUUUCUUCAUUUUUUUCCAAGUGUGUGGUUUAGAGGCUGCAACAAAUAAUUUUUGAUUUGUGUCUUACUUGGGCUUUAUAGUACUCCCAU